GCUGCUGAACCUUUGGAGUUUGAUAUGAUGAUUGGGGAAUAACCGGAGUGACACGUCGCAAACUCUCCAUAAUCAAGGAGACCUCUUUCCCGGGUGGUGAUCUCCAAAAUUGCUCAGUGAGCACCCCUAAUUAACCUGAUUUUUUGCUGCUAAUCACUCACAAUGGAAUCAAAUCAAAAAUCCGGGGAUGGAUUGACCGGCACACAGAAAGAAGCCGCCCUCCGUGCCUUAAUUCAGCGAACGGGAUAUAAUUUGAUCCAGGAAAAUGGGCAGAGGAAAUACGGAGGACCCCCACCGGGCUGGGAUGGCCCUCCCCCGGAGAGGGGCUGCGAGAUCUUCAUCGGGAAACUGCCCCGAGACCUCUUCGAAGAUGAACUUAUCCCACUCUGCGAGAAAAUUGGCAAAAUCUAUGAAAUGAGAAUGAUGAUGGACUUCAAUGGCAACAACAGGGGCUAUGCCUUUGUGACCUUCUCCAACAAACAGGAGGCGAAGAACGCAAUAAAGACCCUCAAUAAUUACGAAAUUAGGAACGGGCGGCUCCUGGGGGUCUGUGCCAGCGUGGACAACUGCCGCCUGUUCGUGGGGGGGAUCCCCAAGACCAAGAAGAGGGAGGAGAUCCUGGCGGAGAUGAAGAAGGUGACGGACGGCGUGGUGGACGUCAUCGUGUACCCCAGCGCCGCCGACAAGACCAAGAACAGGGGCUUUGCCUUCGUGGAGUACGAAAGCCACCGGGCAGCAGCCAUGGCCAGGAGGAAACUGCUCCCAGGAAGGAUCCAGCUCUGGGGACACCCCAUCGCUGUGGACUGGGCAGAGCCAGAGGUGGAGGUGGAUGAAGACACCAUGUCAUCAGUAAAAAUCCUCUAUGUGAGGAACCUCAUGCUCUCCACCACUGAAGAGACCAUAGAAAAGGAGUUCAACAGCAUCAAACCAGGUGCGGUGGAGAGAGUAAAGAAAAUUAGAGACUACGCCUUUGUGCACUUCAAUAAGAGAGAACAUGCUGUGGAAGCUAUGAAAGCAUUGAAUGGGAAGGUGCUGGACGGGUCCCCCAUCGAGGUGACUUUGGCCAAGCCGGUGGACAAGGACAGCUACGUGAGAUACACGCGUGGCACGGGCGGCAGGGGCCCCGUGCUGCCAGGGGAGUACACCUACACUUUUGGGCACGUGUACGACCCCGCCGCCGCCUACCUGGGCGCCCCGGUGUUCUACGCGCCCCAGGCCUACGCCGCCAUCCCCAACCUCCACUUCCCCGCCACCAAGGGGCUCAGCAACAGGAGCAUCAUCCGGCCCCCCUCCAUCCGAGAAAUUUACAUGAAUGUACCUGUAGGGGCUGCGGGAGUUAGAGGACUGGGAGGUCGAGGCUACCUGGCGUACACGGGCCUGGGCCGAGGAUACCAGCUCAAAGAAAAGAGGGGAGAGGACAAACUCUACGACCUCCUGCCAGGGAUGGAGCUCACGCCGAUGAACCACGUCACACUAAAGCCCCAAGGGAUCAAACUCGCUCCUCAGAUCUUAGAAGAAAUCUGCCAGAAAAACAACUGGGGACAGCCUGUUUACCAGCUCCACUCUGCAAUCGGCCAAGAUCAAAGACAGCUCUUCCUGUACAAAAUCACCAUCCCUGCCCUUGCCAGCCAGAACCCCGCCAUACAUCCCUUCACGCCGCCCAAGCUCAGCGCCUACGUCGACGAGGCCAAAACCUACGCGGCAGAGUACACCCUGCAGAGCCUGGGCAUCCCCGUGGAGGGGGCAGAGGUGCCUCCCACAGCGCCAGCUUUUCCAGGAUACACCAUUGCUAAUGCUGCUGCCACUGUCACAGCCCCUCAGCUCAAACAAGCAGUGACUGUGGGACAGGAUUUAGCAACUUAUGCAGCGUACGAAGCCUAUCCCGCCUUCGCGGUCACCGCACGCAGCGAUGGCUACGGAGCAUUUUAGUCCUGGCUUUAGUCAAGGCCCCUUAAAUCAAGCACAGGCAGAAAGGAAAAAAAAAAAAACAAACAACUCAGUCUGGUAGUUUUUACAUCCUUGUGAUUUUAAACUCAUCUGUUGCCUGAGGUUCAUCUUAGUCGGAGUUUCAGUCCUGGAGUUCUUCAGGUUCGUAACGGGAUACUGGGGGGGGGGGGGGGGGGGGGGGGGUGGGAAGGGAGAAAUUAAAGGAAAAAAAUCGCUCAAAAUCAGAUUUUCCCAGUAGAAAGCAAAAGCUCAGCCCAGAAAAUGAGCAGGUCUCAGGUGUGUAUACAUAUAUAUUUUUAUAUAUAUAUGUACAGCCUAUUGUGUGUGUGUUUACAAGCAACGACCUGUGCUGAAUACAGUUGGUCCCGUGGAUGUUGUGACGCAGGACAGGGGAAGGAAGGGGUGUCCCCAGCAAAACCCUCCAUGCAUCAGGAAUUCUCCUACAUUCACCCAAAAAUUCCUCCUCCAGCCUUGACUCCUUGGCCACAUGGAUUUGCCUCUCUCAGCACUGUGACAAUGUGUUCAGGCACCUCAGGUGUCUUGGAGAUUCUUUCUGGCACAGCCAAGGCAAAAAGUCACUUGUAAUAAAGCUUUCUGCCCAGCCAAACGGGCUGGUUGCCAUGCUGAUUCGAUUUUUAGAGCAGGAGGCAAGCACUCAGCAGAGCUUUCCCUCUUGCUUUGCUCCUUCCCAACCACGUCCACAAAUCAGCAAAUAACGGUGUAUUUUUGUCCUCUUCCCAUCAAAUGGGAGCAUUCACUGCAAGACAGGAAAACUUUCAGGACUAUUAAGGCUGAGGACCAGAAAAGUGCUAUUCAUUAAGGCCAGUUCUCUACUUAAUUAGAGCAUGAGAGCUCACAGCCAUGGCCCAGUAAUAACAGGCACCUCUACAGGAACAAAAUGAUAUCCAAGGAACAUUUCCACAGUUUGGAAAGGGCCUUGCCUGGCUGCCAGUGCUGCUUUACACAUCAAAUCAAGGCUUCUGGCUGCUGUCAUUCCACCAAAAAUGAGUUUACUGGAACAGCAGUAAAGGCACCUCUCGCUUUGGAGAGCACCAGAGGUUGGUGUUGUGUCUGAACACUUUGGGGAUGCUGAGAGCACCCCUUGCUUUACAGCAGGAAGGCAUUACCCAUUUAUUUUUGACAUGGGAUCGAGGCAGGAGUAGUGAUGCUCUAGAGAUAGAGGAGGAACCUGGUGCUGGAGAACUAAGAGCAGACAUGUUAAUCCUAUAUCACAUAUCCUAUGCAGUAGUGCACACUGUGAAAACUUAAAUCUGCUCAGUCUAGGACCAAAAAAAACCCCUUUUUUGAGGGGGGAGAGUUUACAGCUGGGUCGACAACACCCAUCGAGUCCAACAGAUCUGGCCCCAAAUUUCCCAUCUGGUCUGGGUGAUGGGAUGAGGCACCAAACAAGCCAUUCCAGGAGGAGUUUUUCCCAUGCGUCCCCAAAACUGUACGAGGCACAGAGGUCUGUGAUAAGGUGUUGGCUGCUGGGAACGCAGUGUUUUCUACUCUCAUGCUCCGGCUGACUCGGCUUCGCUCGGAAUGGAACAAAACCACACAAGCUGUGAAGUUUGUGGUCCCAUUAGAUCCCUUCUAUUUAUAAAGUACCUCGUUGGGGUGACCCUAAAGGUAUUACAAGCCCUCUGUGGCUGCUGUUGGUCACACUUUAAAUGACAAACCUGUUCACAGAGGGCUGAAUAACCAAGAGUGUUAUGGAUCUUGUGGCUUUUUUCCCCCUCUUCUGUCUAUGUCUUUAAGUCGUGUUUGUCAACGAGUAACACGUCCCUGAGUGUGUCUCUCUCAAAGGCCACCGUUGGCAAGAAGUGUUUCUCACUUUGCCUGUUCAGUGACUUUAGUCUGCUUUUUCAGCUAUUUAUAUGAGUUCAGAAAGAUGUCAAAGGAAAGGGCAAGAAGCAGUAUUAAAAAAGUGUGUGCAUGAAGCACUUAUUUUUGUACACUAGUACAAUAUUUGUAUAGAGUUUUAACACUAUGGAGUGUAGCAAAAAAAAAAAAAAUCACACUUUCCAUUUACUGGAGGAUAAUCGUGCGUGUUUAAAGGGAAUGAAGUGGAAAUGGCAUCUCAAUCAUCCAUUGCAAGCAAAUUAUAACUGGGAUUAAAUUCUGUGAAGCAGGUCUGUAAUUUUAGAGUAAUCCGAGGACAUUCACUGGACUUUGAAAUAUCAUUAAAACUUUGUAAGCCAA